GCAACAAAGAAAAGCAAACAGGAAGUGGUAGUGUUUACACCGCUGAGGAUAAAGCUAACGUAUCUAACUAGCCUCUAUAGUUUGACCGCAUUAACUCUCAUAUUUGUGCACUAUUUGAGCAUUUUUUUUAAUUAAUCUGAUGGGUCACGCGCUGCUGGGGAACGAGCCGCAGGAGGCGCUGGAUUAUUCUGUGCACGAGGCUUGGAACGAGGCGACGAACGUGUACCUGCUGGUGAUUCUAGUCAGCUUCGGACUGCUCAUCUACGCCAAAAGGAACAAGAGAAAGAUCAUGCGAAUCUUCACUCUUCCCCCGAGCGCCACCUCAAACUCUGAACCAAACUUCUACGACUCUCUGCAGAAAGUGAGACUCAGACAGCAGCUUGAGAUGUAUUCACUGGCACGGAAAUACGAGCAGCAGCAGAACAACCAGAGUGACAGCGUCCAACUCUCCAUGGAAUAAAGUUUUAAAAAGUUUUUGUAAAUAUUUUCUGAAUUGACUUCACUGGACUCUACACUGUGAAAGAACCACAGAAGAGCGCUUUAUUUUUUGACAAAGAGGAAGCACAUUUUUGAGUUCUAUUGUGAAAAGUCACCUCUGUACAUAAUUUAGCGUUUAUCCAAUGAAAUCAGUGUUUAGUUUGAUGAAAAUGAAGCUUUGUAUCUGUAGAUUGUGGGCUGCUAUGGUGGCCUUGAAGGGACAUUCUGAUCCAAAUCUAAAUGAGAGUUCACCAAUUAGAAAUCAGCUUUAUUAUAAUUAUUAAUGCUUUCAGAUUGUGGGAGUAAUAAAAUGUGAAGGUAAAGAAGAAUGGAUGUUAUGUUUUGGGUCUAUUGAGUUCUCUUGGUUUAGACCUCGUUUAAUCCUGGUCUAGACUUGCUUUAAUGCAGAUUUGGUGUAGUUUAAUCAUGAUUUAGGCCCACAUUUAGAGAGUUGUUAUAUUUUAGACCAAAUUUGGUCCUGUUGUAGACCUGAUUUAGUCCUGAUUUGUACCAGUUUAAACUGAAGGUUAAACCAGAUUGACAUGUUUCAGACAAGCUUCUGUCAUGGGUGUAGACCUGAUUUUACUCCUAGUUUACUUACACUUUUAUCUCAAGUCCUUUAGUCAAAAUUAAGAUGUAAUUUUUAAUCACAUUUAGACAUGUUUCAGACAUGCUUCUGUCCUGGUUUAGUCCUGGAUUAAUCUUAUUUUGGACCAUCGGUUGGGUAUGGUCCUUGUUAAAUCCUGGUUUAGUUCAGAUUUAGUCCUCGUUUGGGACUUGACAUCAUCUUCUACACUGCAUUACAAUGUGUUUUUGGAACAAUAUUAAUUUUAGCUGCCCCCAUCUGUAUUAAAUAUUAUUGGCCUAUAGAAUGUAGUGAUGUCAUCUGAAACCCAGCAAUACCUCCUUACGUUUACAUUAAGGGUUCAAUAAUUUGGACAUGUGAAUUCAACAUAUGAUUUUUUUUGUUUAUUUACAGCAAACUUCUUCACACUCCGUUCAGCAGUGACACUAGUGCAAAGGAUUAAAGCCAGCAUUCAGUGAACAAUGUAAACAUGUCAUUUUGUACAAAUAUAUUCUGAUUCUGAUCAUAUUUACACACUCAGCGAUAACCUCCCUGAAUCACUGCUGUAAGGCAGGUCUUUUACACAACCUGCUUAUUAUUAUUUGGUAAUUAUGUUUAAAGAUGGCGCAUUACACUUCUAUGGGGUAUUAGCUGCUAACACAUAAAAUAUUUAGAUCACCAUGUUAUCUUUUAUUGUUUUGAAAAGGUUACAUUUGCCAAAAAUGGCGUAGUAGUAACUCCCCAUUCAGAGUGACAUCACAACACGAUGUCAGAACACAAUGUCACAACACGAUGUAAUCCCUCAGUUAUCCAGGUAGGCUCCAUAGUAAAAGAAAAUUUUUAUUCUGCCACCUGGACACUCAUCCAAGCCACUUCUUCACUUCUGGUCAGAUUACUAGUGGACCCUGCCUUAUAUCUAUCUGAAGGGAGGUGGUAACUACACUGAAACUAACAACUUUUAUAGUUUCUGUUAGCUAGGUCCAUUGAUCUACCUUAAGUGUGAACUGUGCCGGAGUCAUAUUUUGUGCAAUCAUUCAGGCCCCUAAUAGGAGCUCUGACACCAUUAGUGUACUGGCUAGCUAUAUUUUCCUUGUUUAGGUCUAAGGAUGGAGUUACACAAAGGAGAUAAAUGAUGUCUGAACUUUGCGCACUUGUUUGAAGUGUUUUAGAUCUGUUUUAGGUCUGUAAUUUCCAGCAUUCUGGUGCAUUUUAUGUGUAAUAUUUACUCUACAAAAGUAUAAUUAUUUCCAAUUUUACACAUGGGAUUUGCUUAGACAAACAGUAAAAAUAUAAAUAAAAUAUCAACAAAAUUAUUACUCUGGUUCGCUACAAACACUGUCAAAUACAAACUUAAUAAAUAAAGUAUAGUCAAAAAAUGUUUUCCUAAACUUUUUUUCUCGAAGUGCAAAGAGCCGCUCUAGAGGCUUUAAAGAGCCGUAUGUGGCUCUUUAGAGUGGUUGCAGACCCCCGGUUCACACUUAAGGUAGGUCAAUAGGUAGGUCAAACUAACAAACAGAAACUAUAAACAACAAGUGUGUUAGUUUCAGUGUAGUAUAAGACAGGGUCCACCAGCAAUCUGACCAGAACUGAAGAAGCGGCUUGGAUGAGCAGCGAAACGUCUUCACUUAAAAACUUUGUGUCCAGUUGACAGAGUUAAAUUUUUCUUUUACCAUCACAAUACAAUUGCAUCGCACUAAUGAAACUACUGCACAUUGCAUCAGGUUUGUGAAGUUGCAGUGCAUUGUUUUGUAUCCUGCUUUUGUAUAUUCAUGAAGAAUUGUCAUGUGGGACCAUGGAUGACUUACACUUGUGGGCAGAGCCUUGAACAGGCUCAUACUGCUAACCAUAAGGGAGGGUUUGAAUAGGGCCCAGGAGAGAUUGCAAGAUUACUUAAACAUGCAUGGAUGGCAUCUAACCUCUUCAGGCAUGUUUUUGGUGAAGAAACUUUAUAACAUGGUAGAAAAAAUACCCCACUUUCAAGCAUAAUUAUGCGUGAAAUGGACAACA